AUGUCGGACCCAAAAGUUUGGUUGAGUAAGUCUCGUCUGUGCUUGCUGCGCAUCUCCCAUAUCGACGUGCUAACGUCCUUGUACCUAGUCACGGGCUCUUCAUCCGGCUUUGGCCGCGAAUUAACCGAGUUUGUACUAAAGAACGGCGACAUUGCUGUUGCCACGCUGCGCAAACCGGAAGCCCUCGCUGACCUGUCUUCGACGUACCCUUUGUCUCAGCUACUCGUUCUGAAACUUGAUGUGACCAACCCCUCGGAGAUUGUGUCGGCCUUCGCUGAGGCGGAGGAGAAGUUUGGCCGUAUCGACGUUGUAUUCAACAAUGCUGGGUACGGUGUGCUGGCUGAAGUUGAAGGGACCCCAGAGGAGGUGGCUCGCGGGAUGUUUGAAGUAAACUUCUGGGGCGCUGCAGCGGUCAGCCGAGAGGCUGUGAGGUUCUUCCGCGAUGUGAACAAACCUGCUGGAGGACGGUUAUUACAGAUGUCCUCACUCUCAGGGAUCGAAGCGCAGCCUACUCUUGGAUACUAUGCUGCAGCGAAGCAUGCUUUAGAAGGAUUGAGCGAAGCGAUUGCUGCGGAAGUCGAUCCAGCAUGGAAUAUCAAGGUGACGAUAAUAGAACCAGGAGGGUUUCGAACAAAGAUAACAAGUAGCAGCAUGCAGCUCAUCCCUGCGCAUCCUGCAUACAACAACCCCGAUACGCAAGUAGUCAUGUUCCGCCAAUAUCUCGAGAGUAACCCAGUCAUGCCUGGGGAUGCCAGCAAGGCAGCCGGGGUAUUCCAUCGACUUGCGUCCUACCCUGACCCACCUCUGCGUUUCCCACUUGGAAAGGAUUGCAUUUCUGGCGUACGACGUAAGACCGCGAAGCUGUUGCAGGAUGUCGACAAUUUCGAAUCGUGGUCCGAGGGCACCGAAGCUAGAGAUUAG